AUGGAAACAAACAGCCACCAACUCCACCCCCAUCAGGAAACCUUGAACUCUGUUUGCCACAGCACUCUGAGCCUGAACUAUCACCCUCUCUCAAAGAGCUCCACAAAUCUGGCAGGCGUUGGGCGAGCGGGUUCUGAGGAGGGACAGAGCAGCAGGCAGGAGCUGCGAAAGAGCCUCAGCAGUUCCGCCUGCCAAGCCCAGGCGAGGGAGAACGACGUCAGAAGCACACCUAGCUCUGCAUGGUCUUCAACCCACUCGGAAAUUGCAUCCACUGUCCGAACUGUGAGCAGCCUGUCUCCAAGCGGCAGAGUGCAGAGCACCACCAAAAGCACAAACCACUUCCUGGGUGUUGAGCAGCCCCCAGUGUCUGCGGGAGGGGCUGGCCCUAGGACACACACUGAAGAUGUGUCCGCAGCCUGUGAUGCAAAUCUGCAGCAGGUGAGCACGAUGGAAGCACUGGGAGCUGCUGUCCAGAGAAGCCUUUCCGACCUGACGUGCAGCUGUAAGCAGCAGAGCGCCACUCCCCACAUGGAGACAAGUGCCACAUACUCUGCUAUGCGCUCCAGCAGCAGUUACGGGGCUGCGGCCGGCAGCGUAGCAUUCCCAAGACCAAGAUACGGAUCAGACACGUGCGAAAAUGCCCCCAGUUUUCAAAGUCACAUGAGUCGGGCCCCGAGUUUGCCUAGAGACCAAGAUGUGCCCACUAGCGUCUUUGACAAUGGUGCUGUAUCGCAAAACGUGAACGUUUUUACGGACCCUGGAACGUAUCACUCAGCUGCUCUUGGGCCGCAUAUGCCUGGAGACCACUUCUCAAACAGGGCUAUGUAUGCCCAGGGUGGAAUUGUGUAUAGCAACUUUGCAGCUGGCAUGUACCCACCUGGCAUGGUGGCCAUCCAUAAUAGUACUGCUCUUCCUUAUGGCAUGAGGCCGGAGUCUUCAGUGAAGAUGGAGGGCACCGUCCCGGCCUAUUGCCAUUCCUUGCCGAUCCCUUCCAUUCAGUUUAUCCCAAGGUUGGUCUGCUCAGUUAGUGAAUCAGGGAAAGGACAAGUGACCCCUGGGUAUUGCCAGUCCUUGCCCGCUACUGAAACGGCAACGCUUCCGAAGCUCGUGUCGUCCGUGAGUGAGUCAGGCCUGGAUGCAAAGCGCAUCCUGCGCUGCUGCAGUGUGCGUGGGGAGCACAUGAUGCAUAUGCAGCCUUGCGUGCAACCAAGCAGGGCCCAAGAGGAAAUGAAGACAACGUACGUAGUGUUGAAUAGCCACCAGGACGGCGUCAACGCUGUCCUGAAGACUAAGGACACAGGGACGAUGACCUCCAUGAAUGACCUCACCCGGGGGUUGCAGCCCCUUCUCGAGUGCAGAGAUGCAGAGGUACAAACCAUUCCAACGAAGGAAUGUAAAUCUGCAGCAACGAGCCCCUCGGUCGCAGCAGAAGGCCACCCUCACGUGUUCCCAGAGGUUAAUCUGGAGCCCGAGGCAGAGGGUGAGAAGUCUCCGGUGCGGGAGGUGAGGUGGGACGAUGAAGGCAUGACAUGGGAAGUUUAUGGUGCGGCUGUAGACCCCGAGGUCCUUGGCUUGGCCAUCCAGAAGCACCUUGAAAUUCAGAUAGAACAGUUUCAAACUGAACCGGAGGAGAUCUCUAGGAAAAGUACUGAGGAGCUGCCGCCUAAAGAGGAAAAGAAAACCUCUUUCAGAACAAUGAUGCAUUGCCUAAGAAAUCCAGGUUGCUGUGCCCGUUCCAGCACAGCAGUGGAAUAAACUUUCCUAGCAGACUGCAAGACCGAUAAUUAUUUU